GACGAAAAAGGAUUCCGUUUCCAUCCGUCUUCCUCCUCAACCCUCUUUACAACGCUUUUACCUGUCCCACCUCCAAAUCGCAUAUAUCCACGCACGCAUCUCUCUGUCUCUGACUCUCUCGAACGGAGACGUCGAUCAUGUAUACAUUCAACAGGAAGGGGUGAAGGUUCAAGGAUUAGGAUAUUCCAAUACAGAAUAUUUUUUAGGGGAUUCUCCAACCAAGGUGGGUUCCGUCCACCUGAUGGACAUUGUGGAUAACCAAACCAUGGCCUCCAUAUGUGUGGAAGUGUCAAAAGCAGAACACUGUUAUUUUAUGAUGCUCAACCUGUGAAUAUGCACACCUUGCUUGGGCUUUAAGUUUGUCUAAGUGGGGAUCCAGAUUGAGUGACCCAUACUGUCGACAUGGUAGGGCCCAUUAAGGAUUCUCCCUGCAGAAAAAUUCCUGGAAUACAUGCUAGUUUGGAUCUUGAUUUCCUUACCAAGGGAGGAGAAGAAACAAAAUCAAAAGCAUAAGGAGAGAAAAGACAAUGUUCUUUUUAUGGUUCGAUGACUGUGAUCUAUUGUCAUUGUCAUGAGCAGCAGUAGAAUGUCGUCAUCAUUGGCCAAUACCCAAUCUCCAGGGCUAAAGACCUAUUUUAAGACCCCCGAAGGCCGUUACAAACUCCACUAUGAGAAGACUUACCCUGCUGGCCUCCUCCAUUAUGCCCAUGGGAAAUCCACCUCCCAGGUAACCCUUGCACAUCUUAAAGAUAAAACUACCUCUUUCACCCCUCCUCCCUCCAACUUGAGUGCUAGCAAUGGAGCAAAGUCGGUGGCUGCAAGGUUAUUAGGCGGCGGGAAUGGGAGCCGAACCUUGGGCUUUGGAGGCAAUGGUGUGAUUAAAGCGGUUGCAGGAAACACCAGGACCAGAUCCGUUGGAAUUUCUGGCUUCAGUAAUUCUUCAUCUCCCCCCAACUAUGACGACAAAGGAGUGUACUUGAUUUUCAAUGUUGGAGAUACUCUUUUCAUUAGUGAUUUCAAUUCCCAAGACAAGCAUCCUAUCAAAUCCAUCCAUUUCAGCAACUCGAACCCUGUAUGCCAUGCAUUCAGUCCUGAAGCAAAUGACGGUCAUGACCUCCUUAUUGGUUCAAACACAGGAGAUGUCUAUUCAGUCUCAUUGAGACAACAAUUGCAAGAUCCUGGGAAGAAGCUUGUUGGAGUGCAACACUACAACAAAGACGGUUUGCUUAAUAAUAGUCGAUGCACCAGCAUCGCAUGGGUUCCUGAAAGUGAAGGCACUUUUGUCGUUGCUCAUGCCGAUGGAAACUUAUAUGUGUAUGAAAGAAACAAGGAUGGCAUUGGCGAUUCUUCAUUCCCUGUCAUCAAUGACCAAUCUCAGUUUUCUGUUGCACAUGCACGGUCCAACAAGAGCAACCCAAUUGCCAGAUGGCACAUUUGCCAAGGUUCAGUCAACAGCAUUUCUUUCUCAAUGAAUGGAACGUAUUUGGCGACUGUCGGAAGAGAUGGUUACUUGAGAAUAUUUAAUUACUCAAAAGAACUCUUAGUGUGUGGUGUUAAAAGCUAUUAUGGCGCUUUACUAUGUUGUGCCUGGAGCUCUGAUGGGAAGUACGUUUUGACUGGAGGCGAAGAUGAUCUAGUACAAGUUUGGAGCAUGGAAGAUCGGAAGGUCGUGGCAUGGGGUGAGGGACACAACUCGUGGGUUAGUGGAGUUGCUUUUGACUCCUAUUGGUCAUCACCAGCUUCAGAUGGCUCUGGAGAAAACAUCGUGUACCGCUUCGGUUCUGUUGGCCAGGACACUCGGUUGCUUCUAUGGGACCUUGUAGUCGAUGAGAUUGUUGUGCCCCCACAUCGACAUCCUCCCGGUGGAUCACCUGCAUCCUUUGGUGGAAACCAAUCUUCAAAUUGGGACAACAUUUGUUCAGUGGGUACCCUUCAACCUGCUCCAAGCAUGCGAGAUGUUCCAAAACUCUCGCCGGUAGUUGCUCAUCGUGUUCAUGCAGAACCCCUUUCUGGUUUGAUAUUUAGUAAUGAAUCAGUCAUUGCCAUUUGCCGGGAGGGUCAUAUGAAGAUCUGGGUGCGGCCUGGAUUUGCUGAGAACCAGCCUAGUGGCUUGGAGGGUGUUUUAGGCACCAGCAAGGUUGGCAGUUCCACUUACAGGCCGUAGACAUCCAUGCUUAUUAUAUUUCGUACUGUUCAGUGGUAUUUAUGAAUUAUGACUGAUAACUGUAUUUAGCUUAAUAGCUUCUUGAGUCCUUUCAACUCCUCGUGUCCACUGAGGAUGGCGGCGUUCUACAGUGCAACUGCACGUCGUUUGUUUGAUCCUAGCUUACCUCACUUAAAUAUGUGCUCACAUAGAUAUUAACACAUUCAAUUUGUAUAUUUACUGACGGUGAAAUGGAAGAACACUUUUGUAAAAUAAAAAAUAAACAAAAAAGGAUGUAAACAUCACUCUAUAAUAAAACGCACAUAUGUAUUCCUGUGC